CACUGCUCCAAGGGGUUCGGUCUUCAUUGCAAAAGGCGCAUCGCCUGGGUUGGUUGGCAUAUUAAGAUGGAUCAUAUUUAAGUUGACUCCGCCCAUGAAAAUUGGGACCUUUCCUGUCAUUUAGCCAUACUUAUCAUUCUUUUGCCGUCUGUUUUAUCUCUCUCCUGCCAAAUCCAUAUUCACUCUUUGAUUCAGAGUUUUCUUUCACCCAUCCCUCGUACACAUUCGUUACUCACUUUGCUGUGCUUCCACUGCAACGCCGACAAGAUGAAUCGAGCCAGCAUCCGGAAUUUUGCGGUUUUGUCUCUGGCCUCCCUUUCGUCGGCGUAUUCCUUUGUGGGCUGCUAUAGUGAACCCGGCGAGCUGGUUCCCGCGGGGUCCUAUCAGUUCCAGUCCCUCGGAUAUUGCCAACAAGCCUGCGACAAGCGGAAUCAGACUGUAUUCGCGCUGCACAACGGAGACGCAUGCUACUGCGGUCUGAGUCUACCUUCCGCUGAGGCCCAAGUGCCAGCUGCGCAAUGCAACACGCCAUGCGCUGGCUUCCCUUCUGAGACUUGUGGCGGCUCUGACACCUGGAGUGUCAAUUCCGACUCCCUUAGCGUCAAACGCGACGAUGCGGACUCGGUCAUCGUGACUGCACCAGAUACAUCAGACCCGGUGGCAAACAUCCAGGUCAACCCGACCCUGGUCGAAACCGUCAUUGCACUUGCCAGUAGCGUCGUCAGCGAUGCAGAAGGCAGCGUUCCCCAGACAGCCAUCCCGAGCGUCAUCCUGACCGCGCCAACUAUGACUGCUGCCCAGCAGCAGCAGCAGCAGGUGGGAUCUGCCACCGCCACGGCUGCGUCCCUCGUGAUCGUUGCGUCGACUUCCCCGUCCUCGUCGCCCGCUGCGGCCUCGUCGAGCGCAUCUGCCCGUCCCUCGGCCAGUGCGGGUGCUGCUGCUGGCUUGGACUGCGGCGCCGGACGCGGUUCGCUGUUCGGGGGUGUCUUGGUCUCGUUUCUCGCAACCUUGCUAUAUUAAGACAUGU